AUGACAACAUCUCCAUCAUUUGCUCUUUCACCUGAAGCAAAAGAAUUUGUACCAUUUGUUCAAAUUCCUCCAUCAACAACAACUAUACCAUUAUAUAUUAGUGAAAAUACUGCUGCAUCUGUUUAUUCAUCUGAACAACAACAACAAUUAGUUUAUCCAUUAAUAAAAGUUCCUGAAAUUGAAUUUCAUAUACAAUCAUCACCACAAUAUCAUAUUGAUAGAUGUUCAAAUAAUAAAUUACAAUCAUCAACAAAUACAAAUUCAUCACAAAUUGUUCUUCUACCAACAAAUACAUGUUAUUCGGAAACACAAAUACUUUAUCCAUCAAAUAAUCAAACAUCAACAUUUUAUCCAUUUGAUUAUAAUGAACAAUCAUUAACAAAUUAUUCAUAUCAACAAUCAAAAUCUAAUCGAAUAUCAUCAUUUCAUCAACAACAACGUGGUGGUGGUGGUGGUGGUGGUAAUAUUAAUCAUAAAUCAUAUCGUUCAAAUAAUUAUCGAAAUAAUCAUUAUAAUCAACAAGAAUCAACAAAAUUUAAUAAUCGUUCUAAUUUUUAUUCAACAAAUAAUAAACAAAUUUCUUCACAUUCUAUACAACAACAUGAAAAUUUUAAUUAUAAAAAUGGUUAUCAUAUUAAUGAUGAUGAAACUCCAUUUAAAUUUCGACAAGAAGAUUUUCCAAGUCUACCAAUAAAUACUAAUGAAAAAUCUGAUAAUAUUUUAACUCAAUCACUUACAAUAACAAAUACAAAACCAACAACAUCCUGGAAUACUAUUGUUUCUACUCCACGACCUCAUUCCACAUCUCCACAUUCGAUUACUAAUUCUUUAAAAUUAUCUGAAACUCAACAAACUGAUCGAAGUCAUUCAUCAAAUAAAAAAAAACUAUCCAAAAAUGAACGAAAAUCUUCUAAAAACAAAAAAUCUUCAAUACAAUCAAAAUCAAAAAUAUCAAAUAAUACUUUUAAACAAUCUUCUUUAACUGAACAACAACAUUCACAAACAUUAACUAAUAAUGAUGAUGUAUUGAAUAAACAAGAUAAAAAAAAUGAUGAAUCUAUACGAACAAAACAAAAACAAAAACGUUCUGAACGACAAAAAAAUAAAGUAAAAGAAGAACAAUCAACAAUAAUUGAAUCAGUACCAUUUGUACUUGAUGAUGAAAAUGCAUUUCCAACAUUAGGACAAGAUGUAUCUAUAGCAAUAACAAAAACAACAGAAAAUGAUUCUUCAACCAAAGAUAAAAUUUCUACUGCAGGACUGAUUCCUAAAUCAAAGAUAAAAGCAAAUCAAACAUAUCAAAUAUGUUUAACAGAUAUGUUCAAUGCUUUAAGUACAUCAACACAAACAAAAAAAGAAAAUUCUUUUAAUAAAACAAAUAAAUCAUCAAUACAAACAGUGAAUAUUGCUAAUCCACUUGAUUCAAAACCAGCACCAAAACGUGGAAAAGAACGUGAACAACCAAAACCACGUAAACCAACUAAACUUAAACGUAUUAUUAAUAAAGAACUUGAAGAAAAUCAAAAACAACGACAACAAUCACUUAUAAAAUCUUCAACAACUAAACAAACUGAUGAAAAUGAUAUUCAAUAUGAAACUGAUACUAAUAAACUUACUGUUACAGAUGAGUAA